AGCCAUGAACCAGCUAAUCCUGGAGGAAUCCUCAGUCUCGAACGGCAUCUUGAACCUCAUCCCAGGGCACCAAUUGAUUCUCAUCGCAGCUCUAGCCGAAGCAGCCUUGACACAGAACUCCGGAGUACUAGCUCGCGGGUAAUAGUACACAUCAAACGGCCGCCCACUCGCAGCCAAUCUCGCCGCCUCCAAAACCUCCUCCGGUUUCACCUUCGUCGCCGCCCCCGACGCCGCGGUCGAUCCCUUCCCACCAUUUCUCAUGGACUUGUUUUCAUCUUCCUUAAGAAACAGCGAGAAGCUGCUGUACGGGUUCGCCAUCCCAGUUGUUGCCCCGUUGGUGUUUGCGUUAAUGCCCCAACCAGAUUGGGGAAAGGAAGACGAGGACCAACCUGGCCCGCUGCCGCCAAACCCUCGCUUGGCGCGGCGAAUACCGACGCAGAGAUCUCCAUUCUCAGCUCUGAGAAACACGAUUGAAUCCCCGGCGACUAAUUUCUUCUGGUUCACAAACGUGCUCCACCCUGUAGUCAGCAGAUGCCUCCUGGGAGUUCCCC